GGAUGGUCUGUUUGGACUUUAUUUAGACGCACGAUCAUUCACUGAAACGUUUUAUUUUCGGUAUGGAGAGCUUGGUUCACUGACUAGAUUUGUUAUUUUGGUGAAGAACAUUUGUGUUGCUGACAGACUGAGAGUUGAACUCACUACAGCACCACCAAUGAACAGUGAGAGACCUGCGCAUAUCGUCAGCAGCCGCUUCUCCAGCCUCAAGCUAAAAUUCGUCAGAUCUGAGAUCACUGAGGAUUUUUUCUCAUUCAGUCCGGCUAGAAAAGAUAUUCGCAAAAGUUUGAGGAUAAAGGCAGCGGGCACUGAAUAUAACCCGAGUCAUCUGCCCAGUGAAAGGUCCUCAUAUUGCAACUAUGUGUGGACGGAGCAGGGCGGCCUUUCUGUGUCUGUGGGCUUGCUUCCUUGUCCCCACCAGCGUACUGGUUGAAAAAAGCUCUGCGCAGAACGGCAUGACAGAUGAACAGAAAGAUAACACUACAGUGUUCACCAAGAUCUUAGACAGCCUUCUGGAUGGCUAUGACAAUCGCCUCAGGCCAGGACUGGGAGAGCGUGUAACUGAAGUCAAGACUGACAUUUUCGUGACUAGUAUUGGGCCAGUUUCGGACCAUGACAUGGAGUACACCAUUGAUGUCUUCUUCAGACAGAGCUGGAAGGAUGAAAGAUUAAAGUUCAAAGGGCCGAUGGCGGUGCUGCGUCUCAACAACCUAAUGGCCAGCAAGAUCUGGACCCCCGACACCUUCUUCCACAAUGGCAAGAAGUCGGUGGCCCACAACAUGACCAUGCCCAACAAGCUGCUGCGCAUCACAGAGGAAGGCACGCUGCUGUACACCAUGAGGCUUACAGUAAGAGCAGAAUGCCCCAUGCACCUGGAAGACUUCCCAAUGGACGCCCACGCUUGCCCAUUAAAGUUUGGCAGCUAUGCCUACACCAGAGCAGAGGUGGUGUAUGUGUGGACUAGAGGGGCGGCCCAGUCUGUGGUGGUGGCAGAGGACGGCUCCAGAUUAAACCAGUACGAUCUAAUGGGACAGAGUGUGGAUUCUGGCGUGGUGCAGUCCAGCACAGGAGAGUAUGUUGUGAUGACGACCCACUUCCACCUGAAGAGGAAAAUUGGUUACUUUGUGAUCCAGACGUAUCUGCCCUGCAUCAUGACAGUCAUCCUCUCCCAAGUGUCUUUCUGGCUCAACAGAGAGUCCGUCCCCGCCAGAACUGUCUUUGGAGUGACCACUGUCCUGACCAUGACCACACUCAGUAUCAGCGCCAGGAACUCUCUCCCUAAAGUGGCCUACGCCACAGCCAUGGACUGGUUCAUUGCUGUCUGCUAUGCCUUUGUCUUCUCUGCCCUGAUUGAGUUUGCCACAGUCAACUACUUCACCAAGAGGGGUUAUGCUUGGGAUGGAAAAAGUGUGGUGCCAGAGAAGCAAAAGAAGAAGAAGGAGUCUCUACUCAAGAAGAACAACACUACAGCCUACCCAGCUGCCACUGCUACAGCUUUCGCCCCCAAUAUUGCCAGGGACCCUGGAUUGGCCACUAUCGCCAAAAGCGCCCCACCGCCCCCAACCGAGCCCAAGGAGGAGCCAAAGCCCAAGCCUCCAGAGGCCAAGAAGACCUUUAACAGCGUGAGCAAGAUUGACAGGAUUGCCAGAAUAGCCUUUCCUCUGCUCUUUGGAACCUUUAACUUGGUCUACUGGGCAACCUACUUGAAUAAGAAGCCCAAAUUGCAGGGGAUGAAUCCACACUAAUCCAUGUUUCAUUCCUUUUAAAUUAUACCUGUAAUUAUUUCCUGUAAUUAUUUGAUUUUCUUUCUUAUUCCUCUUGAAAAUGGUGUUUAUUUUCAGACAAACAUGGUGUCCAUGCUGGUUUGAACUCCCAGUCAUUGCAUUGCUUCUAUGUUUACCUAAAUUUUGAAGAUUUUGAAAAAACUAAAUACAGGAAAAAAAAAAGAAAAAAAAGAGUGAUAACAAUAGAAUCUUUUCAAAGAGUGUUGUUCAGGUCUGGCUGGGACGAUGCUAGUAAGAAAAUGCUAAUAUAAAUAUAUAGCCAAGAGAUUGCUAUUCUACAACUGCACAUAGCCCAAUCUUGUUAAGGGGCUUUUGUUUAUAUGUUUAGUUUUUUUCUUGUUUUAUUUCAUUAAAACAUGGAACCACGGACACAGUAAGAGGCACUUGUGUAUAUGCAUGGGCAAGGCAUCUUAUUAUUUAUGUUUAUUUAUUCCAAACACGAAUCAACAUUGCUUAGUUUAUUUGAUAUCAGCAGCAAAAUGGCGUCUCUUUCAAAAUACUUUCCAUUCUCUGUAGAUGUUUUAUGAGAUUAAUUAUGUCAUUCUUCAAAAUACGUUAGGGUUUCUGCAAUAGCAAUAAAACAUGUCUCAGUGGACACACACAUUUGUUUAGGGAUUAAAAAAGAAAAAAGAAAAGAAUAAUCCAAUCAUCUCUGUGCUCAGCAUUGAAAAUAUAUUAAUUUCUUUUCACGACAUUGUAAAUAUUAUCAGGUGUUAGAGAUGUCAAUAUUAUGUUUAAGCUUUGCAGCUCUAGUGUAUCUAAAGGGUAUGUUUAUUGAAUACACAGAAAGGUUUUUAUUUUAUUUAUUUUUGUUCCACUUUCUAAAAAAAAAAAAAAAAUCGAGUAUAUACUAGUCUAAUUCAUGCUUAAGUGACUGUUUCUCGCCAGGUUACCAUCCCAUUCAGAGCUGCUUUCACACUGAAGUGACAUAUUCCUCACCCGUGUGUUUGUGUACACACUGACAGCAACAACAGCAACAACAACACCACUGGUGUAAACUGAGAUUGGCUAGUUAUGGUUAAGAAUGUCUAAAAAAAAAAAAAAAAAAAGAAAAGAAAAAUCAUCUCAGAGUGCAUCAGAGUGCAUUUUCCAUUUAGAGUUAAAACGCUCAUUCUUUACUAAAUUUUCUUGCUUAUUUUUGUCGGUAUUUGACUAUUUAUGGUGCGCCCUCGUUUGUCAGAACACCGUUUAUCAGACAGUUCAGUUAGAGCCAGUUAGAAUAAAAAAAUCGGCGGGGCACAUCAAGACAGAGGAGAAAGUGCCUUUUCCUUUUUCAGAGUUGAGGCUGUGAUGGCGAUUACUUUGUUGAUUGAUGGCGCAUCUGUAUUUUCCAUCCCACUGUGUCUCCCCCCCGACUGUGUUUACCAUAGCCGCCCCCCUCCCCGCCUGCCCGCCGCCCCCACACUCUCCCCCAUCUCCAUUCAGCUGAAAAUUGAGACAUAACACUCAGAAAGUACCAGCUACACUGCCUUCAGUAUCACAUGCCCGUUUGGACUCAUUUGUUGCUGCUUGUUGGUGAGCAACAGCGAGAGACAGGGACAGAGACAGAAAGAGACAAAGAGAAAGGAGACGCUAAGUGGAAGUGGCACUGUAAUCUUACUUUAGCCGGCGCUGUGUUUCGCACAGAGGACUUGUCUUGUAGUUCUACGAUAGUGACAAAGAUGAAUAUAUUUUUGUAGCAUGAUGUCAAUCCCUCUUCUGAGAAAAAACCAACGGAAACUAACGCAAAUGUGAAAAGAAUGCUUUGGUUUUCGUCUUGAACAUUGCUUGCUCCUUCUUCUUUUUUUUUUUUCGCCCCCAUUUUUCUCUUUUAACUUAGAAAAACACACACACACACACACUUUAAAGGAAACGCUUCUUCUCUGAUGUGGCACGUUGAGGUUUCUGAACAGUCCAUUUUAAAUUAUGUUAAUGUAGCAAUAUUAAUUAGCAAGGGCUUUUCUUAGGACCUGAACCUGACACUCAGUCUGGAGGUGAUAUCCAUUGUAGCUUUACACCGAACCCCCUCUACUUGUAGUUUCAUCCGUAUGCUGUACAUGUUUAGUUAGUUGGUUAAAGAUGAUAGGCCUUGCAUUGUUGUGUCCAUGUUGGGUUCUGAGACCUUUGGCUACUGCUUUUAACCUUGUUUGACAAAGAAUUUCCAGUACGCUUUGUUGAAUAUGUUUUACAGGUACUGAACAGGCCAGAAUUUCGAAAACCGGUGUAUUAGAACCACGCAGGACUGUUUGUGUGUCCGUGUGCUACAGAUAACACGAUUACCAGAGGGAACUGAAAAAGAGAUGGGCGGUUGUUGCUAUUGUUAUUAUUUGCGUUAUCAUUCCGACCAAUACUUAAUCUAUCCCCUAACGGCAGACAUCUUUACAAGCAUAUGCAAGCAGUCUAGUGUUCACAGCCACCUAACCUACAAGCAGAGGGUCAAGGAACUGCAAAGUUCAGGGUGAAGAGUUGUAUAAAGAUAUUCGAAUUCUAAACUAUUGUACGUAUGUUUAUUAUCAUGAAGAAGAAAACGAUAUAUAUAUACAUAUGUAAAAUACAUAAUGCAUACAGUAUUUGAUUCUAUUAUUGAAGAUAUUAGCUGAGAUGAUGAUGAAUAUUGUUUGUAUUAUCAACCUAUUGUUAUGCAUUUUGCACAUUUAGAAGAGAAAUAUCAUUACAUUUAUGUAGUCAGCUUCGUGCUAUGCAAGGACAGCUUCGAACCACAUCACUGACCUUCUCUCCCCGACCAUUGUGCUUUGGAUUUACAGGCUAUUAUGAAAAAAAAAAAAAAAAAAUGAAAGGAAAAAAAAAAAAGCUUAGAUUUUAUAUCAGCUGUGCACCCAUUAGCCCCCUCCCCCCUCCCCUCUCUCCCAACCAUGGCCAAACAGGGUGACAUCAAAGAAAACAGUGGAUUAUCUCUUUUUGCUCGCGCUUUGGAUUUGUCGGUGGUUGAAGGGAAAACGGCUUUCAUUGUUGAUUGCACUUUUUCUCCAGAGACAUGCAAUAAAGUGAUUGAAGAGAAAAUUAAAAAAAAUAAAUAAACAAAAAUAAAAAAACAGGAGCAAAACUGUAACAAGAUCACCUUGUUAAUAAUAUUUCUGUUCUGUUCUCGGGCUUUUUCGCCGCUGCAGAAAUGGAGGCAGGCGGAUCUUUGGAUAAUUUUCUUCAUCUUUUUUGCUUUAUAAAGCUCAGCAAAAUUACAGGGAGCGUUUUGACACUGAAUUUUGUAUGUGACUUUUCUGUUGAUGAAGUAUCUUUGCUAAGCCCCCUCUAUCUUAUACUCCAAAGUGGGAUCAAAUAAAAGGCUAUUUCUAUAUAUAUAUCUAUAUAUAGAUAUAUAUAUGAACCAUUCACAAAUAUUUUUGAGCCAGGUCUGAUUUUGCUACAUUUACUGCUCCAGAGAGAGAAUGUGAAAUAUGAGGCACAGUGCAAUCAUGAGCUUCCAACUUUUACCUUCACAUUCAUAGGCAGAGCAUACAUGUAAAUAUCACAUUUCAAACCAGUCGUUUCUUUCAGUAUGUUCAAUGCAAGGUCCAUUGCAGUUCUCAGCAGCACUUGCUUUUCAACAUUGAGUCUUUGGUUAUUCCUAGAUACCUAAUGGAGUUUUUUCUUGUAUUUUUAUCAAGCAAAAUAUGUUCUGAUUUUCACUGAAAUGUAAAAAAAAAAAAUACCUAAUUUUCUAAAGCACAAAUGUUGAUUAGGGUAAGAGAUAUAAGAAUGAGACUCUAUUCAAAAUGGACAUGAAAAAAAAAAUGAACACAAAAUGCACACGAGCUCACAUACCCACAUACAAUACAUACAAUAUGUUUGUAGUUAAAUGAUACUGACAAAGGGUUCUGAUGGAUGUAGAUGAAAUGGUGAACCUUCUGUAAAUGUUUUCUUUUGUUUCUUUUGGUUAUGAUAUGGCCCUGUAAAAUCUGAUUCUCUGCAUUAGUCUUUAAAUAAAAAGAAAACAAAUGGA